UCAUGGGUAAGCAUACACUUGCCCUACAUUGCUACUGCAGCUUCACCACUGUUUUUUUUUUCUAAUUUUUUUUACAUUUGAGCUCAGAGCUCAUUGCAGACUAAACAUCAGCUGAACGGUCUCCUUCCAGAUUAAUAAUAUGGCAAAGUGUGGGGCUGAAGGUGAACUACCUCAGAGGCGCCUGGGUAUAAAGGAACAGCAAAAUGGAGAGCUGACAGACUCAGAGCUCCCUGUGGAUGAUAGGAAGCAGAGGGACAGGGAAGAGCGUGAAGCCCUGGUUUUAUGGAAGAAACCUCUGCUCACACUUCACUGCUUCACUCUGGAACUGCUGAUUACCCUUAAAGGAUGGAUCUGCAGGCUCUGGCAGCAAAGACAGACUGUGUUUGGCCUGCUGAUCCUGCUUAUCCUCCUCUCCAUUGCCUACCGUAUUGAAGGAGCACACCAGAAGUAUGUGUGCUACAUGGAGAAGAAGACGCUGUGGUGUGCCUACUGGCUCGGUCUGGGCAUCCUCUCCUCUGUGGGUCUUGGCACCGGUUUGCACACUUUCCUCCUUUAUCUGGGACCACACAUAGCAUCAGUGACCCUGGCAGCCUAUGAAUGCGGCUCUGUAGAUUUCCCAGAGCCACCCUAUCCAGACCAAAUAGUUUGCCCCCAGCAGGAAGCACCAGCAUCAGAUUCUGAUGCUGAGCAGGUGGGUGUGGAAGCUGUGAGGUCAGACACCCUUCAGGGAAAAGUCUCACUCUGGACCAUCAUCUCUAAAGUCCGCCUGGAAGCUUGUAUGUGGGGCGCAGGUACAGCAAUAGGAGAGCUUCCUCCCUACUUCAUGGCGCGAGCAGCUCGGCUAUCUGGCAGCGGACCCGAUGACGACGAUUACCAGGAAUUUGAGGAAAUGCUGGACCAGACGGAGCCCGUACAGGACUUUUCAUCCCGGGCAAAAGUAGCCGUACAGAAACUCAUCCAGAAGGUCGGAUUCUUUGGGAUUUUAGCCUGCGCCUCUAUUCCAAAUCCGCUGUUUGACCUGGCCGGAAUAACGUGUGGACAUUUUUUAGUCCCAUUCUGGACUUUUUUUGGUGCAACACUAAUCGGAAAAGCAGUUAUCAAGAUGCACAUUCAGAAACUGUUUGUGAUCAUCACCUUCAGUAAGCAUAUAGUGGAACAGAUGGUCUCCCUAAUCGGAGCUGUUCCACUGCUGGGUGCGGCACUGCAGAAGCCCUUCAGGGAGUACUUGGAGGCCCAGAAGGCCAAGCUGCACCAUCUCACUGGAGAGAGCAACACAACUGAGGAGAACUGGCUGUCGUGGCUCUUUGAGAAGGUUGUGGUCAUCAUGGUAUGCUUCUUUGUCUGCUCCAUUGUCAACUCCAUGGCUCAGAGCUACACCAAGCGCAAACAGCAGGAGAAGUACUCGGAGAGCAAGGCAGAGUGAAGGCCAGCUAGAGAUCAAAUCGGUCCAUGAACUUCAGGAGCCUCCAGACUUCUCCAAGCGGCUACCACACCUUUCCUCAUAUCUGCUCUUCCUCCUGGCUGCUCCCCCCACCGUAUAUUUAGCAAAAUAUGAGCCCCCAUCUGGUUUCUCUCUUGUGGUAUUAGCAACUUGGACUUCGAUUUACUUGUGUUCGAAAGCUUUGCUUUUGGUAGCGAUUUCCGUGAUAGUUCUCUUUAAGGUAGGUGUUUGCUGGAGUGCAUGUAAGUGUUGUGUUGUUAAAGCAUUUAUGUUGGUGCUUUUAGCAGCUCCUGAGCAUGUGAGAAGCUGCUGGCAAUAAUUCUCCUCAGUAAGGCCUUAAGCUGCACUCUUUAUCCCACUAGUGUUUAUUCCACUAGAGUCACUUGGAUUGGUCGAAUCGGAAUGAGCUAGCAUUGUUUGAAUUAUGUCGUGCUUUACAAAACCAGCAUAAAGUUGUGUUUAGGAAACAGGUUAUUAUGUAUAUCUACCAGGUUAUUAAGGAAUUCUGUAUUUAUUGCUGUACUGUAGGUUUAUUGUUCAGUGUCAUCUGUAGCUACAUAAGGCAUAUAAGUAAGUCAUCUUAUUUCUACAUCUUGUUGAACUCCAAGUUAAUUGUUGUAGAGAUGUUAAUAGAUGGUUCUAACUGUAAAUGGUGCUUUAGAUGAUUACUUCUUUUGUGUGUACAGUAAAGCGCUUUGUAGUACUUUUGGAUGAGAAAUGAUAAAUCAGCCAUGAAUCACCCCGCUGGUCCCUUUGUCUGCCCUUAUUGUUCUGCUUCCAGGAAGAGAGCGCAUGACUCAGCCCCGGGGCUACUUUACCAGAUGCAGCCGUACAUUGAAUCAGAUCUACGACUGUUUGUGCGCGUGCCUGUGUGUGAGACUGAGAGCAAGACAGAGAUAGUAGGUUGUGUUGGCAUGGCUGCCACAUUUGUUGCUCUCCCUUUUAUUUUUUUUUUAAUCUUUUAUGGAUUAAAGCAGAUUGUGCUCCACUAAUAGACUAGGAGUCUGCCUGGAAGUCUGAGGGAUAGCAGUUGAUCUCUUACUCUUAGAGACCGUCUGCGUUAUGAUGUCAGAUGUUCUUCUUUGUCUUCACUUGUGCUCGGAGCUUUUUAAAAUCCCUUUUCUCCUACACGAGGAGAGCAAGCUCAUGCUUGAUAUUAUAUGAGCAGCUCUUAAAGCGAAACGGCUUUUAUAAGAUUUUUCUUUUCAUUUUUGCCAUUUUUCA